AAAGAGCCGAGGGCCGGCGGUGGUGGCGGCCAUGUUGGGAGCAGCAGGUCCGGCGGCGGCUGCCUGAGUGCCGGGCGCGGAGCAGUGCCGCUGAGGGCAGGGGAGGAGCGAGGCAGGCGGCCGGCUGCGGCGGCAGAGAGUAGGCGGAGCGGCGCAGCCCGGCCGAAAGGCGGCACAGCCCAGCCGGGGGUCGGGGGGGUGCGGUCCGGAGCCGCUCGGAGCCGGCGCGGCCUAGCCCGAGCGGCCCAUCCCCGGGCUGGCGUGAGCGGCUACCCGGCCUCCCCGCACCCCCGGCCGGGGCCCAUGCGGCGGGUGCCCCUGCUGUGAGAAGCCCCGCCCGGCCGGGCCCCGCGCCUUCCCUUCCCUCCCUUCCUCCAAGCUUCUCGGUUCCCUCCCCUGAGAUACCGGCGCCAUGUCCAGCGCCCGGACCCCCCUACCCACGCUGAACGAGAGGGACACGGAGCAGCCCGCCCUGGGACACCUCGACUCCAAGCCCAGCAGUAAGUCCAACAUGCUGCGGGGCCGCAACUCGGCCACCUCUGCUGACGAGCAGCCCCAUAUUGGCAACUAUCGACUCCUCAAGACCAUCGGCAAAGGUAACUUUGCCAAGGUGAAGCUGGCCCGGCACAUCCUGACCGGGAAGGAGGUAGCUGUGAAGAUCAUUGAUAAGACUCAACUGAACUCCUCCAGCCUCCAGAAACUCUUCCGUGAAGUAAGAAUAAUGAAGGUUUUGAAUCAUCCCAACAUAGUUAAAUUAUUUGAAGUAAUUGAGACUGAAAAAACACUUUACCUUGUCAUGGAGUACGCAAGUGGAGGAGAAGUAUUUGAUUAUCUAGUGGCUCAUGGCAGAAUGAAAGAAAAAGAAGCUCGGGCCAAAUUCCGUCAGAUAGUGUCUGCUGUGCAGUACUGCCACCAGAAGUUCAUCGUCCACAGAGACUUAAAGGCAGAAAACCUGCUCUUGGAUGCUGAUAUGAACAUCAAGAUUGCAGACUUUGGCUUCAGCAACGAAUUCACCUUUGGGAACAAGCUGGACACCUUCUGCGGCAGCCCACCUUAUGCUGCCCCAGAGCUCUUCCAGGGCAAAAAAUACGAUGGUCCCGAGGUGGACGUGUGGAGUCUGGGAGUUAUCCUGUAUACACUGGUCAGCGGAUCCCUGCCUUUUGAUGGACAGAACCUCAAGGAGCUGCGGGAGCGGGUACUGAGGGGAAAAUACCGUAUUCCUUUCUACAUGUCCACGGACUGUGAAAACCUGCUUAAGAAAUUUCUCAUUCUCAAUCCCAGCAAGAGAGGCACUUUAGAGCAAAUCAUGAAAGAUCGAUGGAUGAAUGUGGGUCACGAAGAUGAUGAAUUAAAGCCUUAUGUGGAGCCACUCCCUGAUUAUAAGGACCCUCGGCGGACAGAGUUGAUGGUGUCCAUGGGUUACACACGAGAAGAGAUCCAGGACUCGCUGGUGGGCCAGAGGUACAACGAGGUGAUGGCCACCUAUCUGCUGCUGGGCUACAAGAGCUCUGAGCUGGAGGGCGACAACAUCACCUUGAAGCCCCGGCCUUCCGCAGACCUGACCAACAGCAGUGCUCCUUCCCCCUCCCACAAGGUGCAGCGCAGUGUCUCCGCCAACCCCAAGCAGCGGCGCUUCAGCGACCAGGCUGGUCCUGCCAUUCCCACCUCUAAUUCCUACUCUAAGAAGACUCAGAGUAACAACGCAGAAAAUAAGCGGCCUGAGGAGGACCGGGAGUCCGGGCGGAAGGCCAGCAGCACAGCCAAAGUGCCUGCCAGCCCCCUGCCUGGCCUGGAGAGGAAGAAGACCACCCCUACCCCCUCCACGAACAGUGUCCUCUCCACCAGCACAAACCGAAGCAGGAAUUCCCCACUUUUAGAGAGAGCCAGCUUGGGCCAGGCCUCUAUCCAGAAUGGCAAAGACAGUACAGCCCCCCAGCGUGUCCCUGUCGCCUCCCCCUCCGCCCACAACAUCAGCAGCAGUGGUGGAGCCCCAGAACGAACUAAUUUCCCCCGGGGUGUGUCCAGUCGAAGCACCUUCCACGCAGGGCAGCUCCGACAGGUGCGGGACCAGCAGAAUCUGCCCUAUGGUGUGACCCCAGCCUCUCCCUCUGGCAACAGCCAGGGCCGGCGGGGGGCCUCUGGGAGCAUCUUCAGCAAAUUCACCUCCAAGUUUGUACGCAGAAAUCUGUCUUUCAGGUUUGCCAGAAGGAACCUGAAUGAACCUGAAAGCAAAGACCGAGUGGAGACGCUCAGACCUCACGUGGUGGGCAGCGGCGGCAAUGACAAGGACAAGGAGGAGUUUCGGGAGGCCAAGCCGCGCUCCCUGCGCUUCACGUGGAGCAUGAAGACCACGAGCUCCAUGGAGCCCAACGAGAUGAUGCGGGAGAUCCGCAAGGUGCUGGACGCAAACAGCUGCCAGAGCGAGCUGCACGAGAGGUACAUGCUGCUGUGCAUGCAUGGCACGCCGGGCCACGAGAGCUUCGUGCAGUGGGAGAUGGAGGUGUGCAAGCUGCCGCGGCUGUCCCUCAACGGCGUGCGAUUCAAGCGGAUAUCGGGCACCUCCAUGGCCUUCAAAAACAUUGCUUCCAAAAUAGCCAACGAGCUGAAGCUUUAACAGGCUGCCCGGCGCGGGGGCGAU